GAACUCCCAAAUUUAUAUUUUUUGUACCGACGAAAUAUAGUUCUCCCACAAAAUUUCCCGCUAUUUUCACUUUUCAGUGCGGACGGUACAAGGUCCUUCUGUAGAACGGAAACCUGCUAUUCAAAGCACAGGAAGAUAAGACAAGCCCCGUAACAGAAACAGCUAGCUACCGACGAGCCUUACUAUCCGUCUCAUAGUUUUCCGGCAAAGUGACAUAAUAAGAGUUUCAGUAAUCAGAAACAGCCACCGCUAGCUACCGAUCGAAUCAAGUCACUGUCUUUUAAGUAAUAAAAGUUUCCUGCAUUCACAUUCAUAAACACCAAACAUUCUGUGUGUCUGAAUCAGGCCGCUGUACCAUGGAGCUUUAACGACGGCAGAAUCUCUGCUUGCAGUUGGAGAACGGAUCCCGCCGAUCAAUUCCCGCAGCCGUUUUAUGAGAAACAUAAACGACGACAGAAUCUUCUUACCCUUACAAGUAACUGGAUGAUAAUGCCAUGAUGGUGAAUUGGUGAUGAUACCAUUCUGAGAGCAGAGCAAAUUCUGGAAAGGAAAAAAAAAUGGGGAGUUCACCGCAGAAUGUGCUCCCUGAAUCUCAAUUUCUCGACCGAGAUGAUAGCCUCAAACUCGGAGAUGGGUUACAAGAAGUGAACGACAACCCGAUUGAGGAAGUGAGGCUGACAGUACCAAUCACCGACGAUCCCACGACACCGGUCCUCACAUUUCGAACAUGGGUUCUCGGGCUGUCGUUCUGCGUCUUCCUCUCCGUCAUGAACCAGUUCUUCGGGUACCGUUACAACGGUCUCGGCAUCGGCUCUACUUCGGCCCAGAUCAUCAUGCUCCCACUCGGCAAAUUGAUGGCUGCUUCCCUCCCCGCAAGGCGAUUCAGAGUGCCCCUGACGAGUUGGUCCUUCACAUUGAACCCCGGGCCGUUCAACAUGAAGGAACAUGCAUUGAUCACAAUCCUCACCAAUUGUGGGUCCGGUGGGGUUCAGGCGAUCGCCAUUAUCAUCGCGGUCCGAGCUUUCUACCACCGGAACAUCCACAUUGUCGCGGCUCUGCUUCUAGUCCUUACCACUCAGUUGCUUGGGUAUGGAUGGGCUGGAAUGUUUCGCAAAAUUCUGGUGGAUUCGCCUCAUAUGUGGUGGCCAGGAAACAUGCCACAAAUCUCACUUUUCAGGGCGUUACAUGAAACAGAGGAGAGGCCAAAAGGAGGACAAACCCGGCUGCAGUUUUUCCUCCUGGUGUCCAUAUCAAGCUUUGCUUACUACAUAGUUCCGGGAUACUUCUUCCCAUCAAUAUCGGCACUGUCGUUCGUGUGUUGGAUUUGGAAGGACUCCAUCACUGCACAACAGCUUGGUUCGGGGCUGAACGGGCUUGGACUCGGUGCAUUCGGUCUCGACUGGUCUACCAUCUCCGGGUUCGUGGGGAGCCCUCUAGCCACACCAUCGUUUGCAAUUUUCAACACCAUGGCUGGGUUCAUCCUGUUUGUCUAUUUCAUCCUGCCGAUCGCUUACUGGAAAAAUGCGUACAACGCGAGGAGAUUCCCAAUGCUUUCUGAGCAGACAUUUGACAGCUCCGGUCAGCCGUACAACACUACCAGGAUUCUGAACGAGAGGGAGUUCAGAAUGGACCUGAGCGAAUACGAAAACUACAGCAAGCUGUACCUCAGCAUCACUUUUGCAUUCAACUAUGGGAUCAGUUUUGCAGCUUUCAUGGCUACAAUAGUGCACGUUGCGCUUUUCGAUGGGAAGUCAAUUUGGAAAAUGUGGAAGACGGCAUCAAGUGGAAUUAAAGACCAAUUCAGCGAUGUCCACACAAGAAUGAUGAAGAAGAACUACGAAGAAGUUCCUCAAUGGUGGUUUCUAGUUAUAAUGGUCGUAUCACUAGCACUUUCUUUCGUUGCCAUUGAAGGGUUUAACAAACAACUGCAACUUCCAUGGUGGGGACUCAUUCUAUCAUGUGCAAUUGCAUUUGCUGUCACCUUACCGUCCGGGAUACUCGUUGCCUCUGCAAACCAGGGCAUCGGGUUAAACAUAAUCACAGAGCUGAUCAUAGGAUACUUGUACCCAGGCAGGCCUGUGGCAAAUGUGGCAUUCAAGACCUAUGGCACAAUUAGCAUUUGGCAAGCGCUUACCUUCUUAUCAGACUUCAAACUCGGCCACUACAUGAAAGUCCCGCCGAAAUCAAUGUUCCUGGUCCAACUAGUAGGCACAAUAGUUGCUUCCACCGUCCAACUCGGAACCACUUGGUGGAUCCUCUCUAGCAUCAAGGGCAUAUGUGACUCAACUAAGCUCCCCAAGGGAAGUCCAUGGACCUGCCCCGGGUACGAUGUCUUCUACAGCGCUUCGGUCAUUUGGGGAGUCAUUGGGCCGCUCAGGAUCUUCAACGAUCGUGGCGUUUACCCUCAGAUGAACUGGUUCUUCCUGAUAGGUACCUUUGCACCAGUUCCGGUGUGGCUGUUGUCGAGGAAGUUCCCGGAGAAGAAGUGGAUCAGGAUGGUUUACAUGCCCAUCAUAUUGUCGGGAAUGGGAGGCCUGCUGCCGGCGAAGCCGAUUCACUAUUGGUCUUGGGGAGUUGUGGGAGUGUUCUUCAACUACUACAUAUACAAAAAACACAAGGGAUGGUGGGCUAGGCACACAUACAUCCUGUCAGCUGCUCUGGAUGUUGGGAUUGCCUUCAUGGGUCUGUUUCUCUACGUUGCUCUUCAGAGGAAGGAGAUAUACGGCCCACAAUGGUGGGGACUCCAGGCUGAUGACCAUUGUCCAUUGGCAAAGUGCCCUACAGUUCCUGGUGUUUAUGUCAAAGGAUGCCCUGCCAUUCAAUGAUAUGCAGGAGUUGUGGCCUUGUGGUCGAAUAAUUCUCGGACCUUGAAUUAAUCGGGUUUAUAAGCAUGAUACUAUACCAUAAUCCUUGAUGGGUGAACGCUAUGGAUUAGCUAUCUAAAUUAUAGAGCAUAAACCCUAAGAUUGUACUUGUAAUGUGUUGCAUAUAUUUCGAUGAAUUAUGAUCGUCGAUUUUUUUUUUUUCAUUAAAUUGAUCUUAGUGUAUGAGAUUUAUAAAACUAAGAUAUAGAUUUUAAUCUUUAAGGGUUUGGGAAUAGUACCAGAUGUCAAACUCCGGUCAAUUCAAGGUCUAGAUAUCAUUUUCUUACUCAAAGUAUGUCAUACCUUUGAUUUUAUCUAAGGUACGAUAGAACCACCGAUAUCUAUUGGUUAAGGCUAGCAUACAUUUUAUGGUGAUAUGUCGAAGUAAAUGUUGUGAUGUGGUUUUUUUAUAAGAGUUGUGGUUUACUUUAAAAGAUUUGUGGUGUGCCUUUAUAAACUUGCGGUGAGACUUGUGGUGUGUUUUAAUAAACUUGUGGUGUAUUUUAUGAGACUUGUGUUAUGCUUCAUUGGAUUAGUGGUUUGCUUUAGAAACUUGUGGUGUGUUUUGAUAAAAUUGUGGUGUGUUUUAUAAGAUUUUGUGGCAUAUUUAAUAAUCUUGUGAUGUGUUUUAAUGAAUCUUGUGAUAUACUUCCUUUUUUCGUGAGCCUUGUGGUUUGUUUCAUAAGUUUGUGGUGUGAUUUAUUAUUUUUGUGGUGUAGUGAGUUUGUGUAGUCUUUUCUAAAGUUUGUUGUUUUUUUGUGGUGGUGUUUCUAGUAUUUGACUAGCCUAUUACCCGGCCCGUUGGCCGGAUUAGUGUAUGUUACCCACUUGUGGAAUAGGAGAAAAAGCAAGUGAGAGUAGAAGGAAUUGGGAUUCCACUUGCUUAGGACCGACCCACUAAUCCGAUUCUUCCCGACCCGCCCCAACCUAAAGGGUCAGAAAGAGUCAAUAAGAAAAUACGAACGGAGAGGAUUAGUCAUAUAUCUUGAAUCUUCAUAAGUGGGUCAAACAGGAUCAAGGUUGGGUGAGGGGAAUUUUUAGCGCUAAGCAGAGUUCUGGUUGAAUAACUUUACUUAGGCCUAGAAAUUGGUGUUGAUGCAGACUGCAGUUUUUAUUAUACCAUCAUCAAUCAUCAUUGAAUUAGUCCUGGGCAUCCCUCCCCGUUGUCGGUCUGAAUUCUAAUGAUGGCUUCGUUCCUUGCACCAGCCAUAUCGGCGAGUUGUCAUCUCGAGCAUGAUUUGCCUAUGUACAAAUGAUACAAUUAGAGUAUGAAACUGAAUUCAAAGAAAGGAAAAGAGAAUUCUAUCACAUGCCAAUAAAUACACGCAUAAUAGUGAAGCUAAGUGAAAGUCAUUACUCGCAAAUCAAUUCUCAAAAAUUACAGACUAAACAAUGGCUAGAAUGGCACUGAAACUACCAAGAAUCAUGGACGAAACAACUUGUCAAAUUAAAUAAUCCUUAUACUCAAAACUACCUUCUAACUUGAAAUAGGACAUGAUCACAGUUCAUAGCUCUCUUCUCACUAUGAAUUGGUUGCAGCUCGUCCUUAUCACUGCCUCCCAAGCUCAAUUCCAACAGAAUAGAGACAGUUAUGUAAGAUAACCAUAUCCUUACUGAUCAUAAUUCCUUUCUUCACUCCAUUUUUGUCAGAGAAAAGAGUUAACCCCCUCUCCUGCAUUUCCCUUUCCCCCUCUCUUCUCCCUCUUCUUCACAAACCGAUCCCUAAACCAGCAACAACAACACAAAAAUAGCCUUUGCCUCUGCCAUCUCCAUCUACUGAACGCGUUGGUGGCAAGACAGGACUGCAGAAGCAAAAUUUUCUAAAAUCAAACUAAAUUUUUUGAAGGAGACCUAACCACGAAAAAAGAGUAAAGCAACAAUGCUAAUAGUUCAGAUGGUUGGUUUUGAUGUUAUACAUUGCUUUUGUUCUGGUCUCCAGUAUAUCAACUGCACGAUUUAGAAGCAAGUCCUCCUGUUUGUGUCAAACGGAAACAUUCAUGGGUUCUUAACUCCCCUGUUAGUGUAAAAGCAGCAGCAGCGGCAAAGAAGUUUGACAACACAGCAAGCACCCAGGCAAAAUGAUACAAUGCAGUAGGUGAUAUGUGUCUCGAAGGUUUUGAGUUACUAAAGUUCAUGUUAAAAAUAAACAUGAAUUAAAAUGGAUUAUUCUAUUAAUCAAACAUCCCCUCUAAUCAUACAAAGAUCAUAUAUCCAAUUCACAAACAAUUAAGCCAUAAAAAAUAUCAUACAUCCACCACCUUUGAUUGCCUAAAUUUGGUUUUUCGCAAAGUUAUGGACUCUUAAGGGUAACGUUCAUGGGUAGUCUGUUUCAUAACUCUAGAGAGCACAGUAAGCAGCCACCAGCCAGACACAGUGCGGUAGGCGAAUAUGAUUCUCAAUUCACAAUUUCUCACCACCGGAAGUAAGAACAGACCAUAAUAAGCGUAACAUUCAUGG